AUGGUCUCGCCACAGAUCAGUCUCAUCGUCUUUGUGAUCGACAUAGCUGACACACUCACGCUCGACACCGCCAAAGAAAAGCUCCAUGAAACCAUCGUGUACAACAACCAACACAGACAGGUCCCGAUGCUGGUGCUGUGCAACAAGACAGACCUAGUGACCGACUACCGCUACUUUGUCGCCAACAAAAAGAUUAAAAACACAAAGCCUAAUAAUCGUCUGCUUGGAUCCAACGAAGACACCUUGCUCAACUACCUCGGGCUCGAAAACAGAGACUCGGGCCUCGUUCUGGACGAGUCCAUAGACGUCCAGUUUGAGCUGGACUUGCAUCUGGUGAGUCUACGUGCCGCGCACGCGGGUCUCCAGCAGGAUCUGGUCUCGUGGAUGACUAAGCCAUGA